CCCGCCCGAAUUGUUUUUUGCGCGAAAAGUAGCUCGGUAUCCGAACGACCGUUUGAUAGAGCGUUGAAGUUCGAUGCGAGUGAAAAUUAGUGCCUGGAAAGUUUGACUCUGCGUCGAAACUGUGAGGAGGGACGACGAUGGGUCCCAGCAUGCUAAACCAGCUUCGGGGAAACGAAUACUUUCGUCGGUCUGUGAACGACGGGCGGACGUGCGCGCUGACCUAUUCCGUCCUCAAGAAUCUCCACAGCCGGGCUAUAAACGAAUACGUCAUCCGAAACGACGGCCAAGAAGUUCCCCCGCUUGCCUGCACCUACUUUUCAGAGCCAGACCUUCACGACCUCCUGGCAGUGGCCGACGAGGAUGGCACGGUGCACAUGUUGCGGACCCAUCAGCCUGACAACCGCCUUACCUUGGAGACCACGUUUCAGACACAUGAGAACGCAAUCUUUGACAUGUGCGCGAGGCCUGGGCGGCGGCACCUUGCCACCGCGGCCGGAAACCUGGCCAUUACUCUCUGGGACCUUGACCAGCAGACGGCGGUGUCGAGCUACCGAGCUCACAAGGGCAGCGUCAAGUGUGUCCGCUUCCUUCCGGGCCACUCUGAUGUGUUUGCAUCGGGAUCCCGAGAUGGUGCCGUGAUGGUCUGGGACGCCCGCUGCUCCGAACCUCAGGUGACCAUUCCCAGGGCACACUGCACAGUGUCCGGAGUCACGCCCAGCAGGAAGAGAAACAACCUUGGCAGGAAGGUGUUGUUGCAGCCCACAACACCCGGCAGCGUGACUGCCUGCGCAUUCCGUGACGAGCACCACUUGGUUACGUGUGGUGCCAACAAUGGGGAAGUGAAAGUGUGGGACUUGCGAAAGAACUACCAGCUCUUCAAGAAUGAUCCCCGGCCAGUCACUGCCUUUCCCUACGCAGGGCGGAGCACGGCCAUUCACGGCUACACCAGCAUGGUGCUGGACGCGUCGAGAAGGCGUGCCUUCGUCAGCUGCACGGACCACAACAUCUACGAGUUUGACCUGCUGGCCAGCGACACGUCCGAACCCUUGGGGACUUAUUGUGGACACAGCAUAAAGAGCUUCUAUGUCAAGCUGGCCCUGAGCUGCGAUGGCCGUUUCCUGGCCAGUGGCUCUUCGGACUCGGCAGCGUACAUUUGGCAGGUAGGCUCGCCAGGGUUGCCCAAGCUGCGGCUCGCCGGCCACGAAGGUGAAGUGGCCGUACUUGCCUGGGACUGCUCUCACCCAGCCAGGCUGGCCACAUGUGGGGAUGACUUUCGGGUGCUGCUCUGGGAUUCAGCAGGCACGGAAGAAGACAUGGCCACGAAGGACUGUACGCGUGCCGAAGCCUUCACUCUUGCAGAGAGUGCAGAACCACCGGUCAGCGCAUCACCCAGCUUGGCCCGGCUUGCACCACCGCACCCUUCGACGGGCAGUCUUCGAACACCCACAAGGAGGAGGUCGUCGAUGGCCGACUGGCUGACGCCACCCACCAAGCGCAGGCUAACCAGUGUUGCCAGCACCACACCUGGAGCUUGGGGCCAUGGUACACGCGUGGAGGGUGACUCAGUGUCGUCGGAUGGUGACUCGCUGCCACGGCCCGUCUCCUCCGUCUGCCGAUGCCGUGCUCUCCCCGAGAAAGAAGGUCGACAAUGCCUUUAACCUUCCUCAGCGGCGCUUGCUUCCCCACCUCAACGCCCUCGAAGAUGGUACAGAGAAAGGUGCCAGCAUGCCAGUUGUGACAACGUGCGACCUGGAAAACUGGCCCCAACAGGCGCUGGAAACACCGCCACGGCCUGCGGCGUCCUCCGAGACGAUGUUGUCCCCUCCGAGUGCAUCGCGCAGCCGCAAGCAGCACAAGGUCAUGACGAGGCUCUUCAAGAAGCAGACGCUCUCCGCUGUUGACAAGGGAAAGAGCAAGGCAAAGAGGGCGCUGCUGAACACACAGCAGCAAAUAACAUCUUUCUUCAAGCGCUGACAAUGGAGCAACGUUUGGCCCACAUCGUCUCUGCCCGUGCCAGUUUUCCCAACUGGCUAGCCACUCACUGCCGCUGCUGCAGACAGGUCAACAAAAGUAACCUCCUCACCACUGGAGUGGACUGCAUGCUAGCGCUAGCCUUCCUGCAUUUUUAAUGUCAGGCCAAAUGGAUUGCCAACUUUACCAUGUGAACAAAAUGAAAAGUGUACGACUUUGUUGCAUUGUUUUUACUCCUUGUGCUUUUAUGGCACUCUUAUGUGGCAUGCGCUUGGCAGCACCUACCAAUGACAAUAAAUUCUUUGAGUUAGUUUUUUUUUUUUUUGUGAUAUAAAAAAGAAAGGCAAGGAGGCUUUGUGUCUUAGUGUAUUUAUUGUGGUUUUAGGAUUUCACGUGGUAUAUAACGCGUGUGCUUUGGUACAGCAUUUAGAAUAGUGGUUUCUUGACCUUCUAUUUGUAGUACUAUAGGUGCAAGUUGCUGUGUAUUCUUGUAUAAAAGUUGCUUUUCUUUUUUAAUACUUUAGCUCGGAUGUCGUGCCACACCUAAGGUUGCACGAUGAUAAAUCUGCUGGCCUUUCCUCACAAAAUGGGACCAGUGUGUUCAGUACAUUGUGGAUUGCAUUGAUAUUGAGGGGUGCAGCCCUUGCACUAGAGUACACAGACCGUGGCAUUGAAUGUUCAUUGAGCAAUGUUGCUAACUGUGUUAUGUUGGCCUGGAUCACAGCGCUCGUUCACAGGAUUGUGACCAGUGCUUUGAAAUAUCAAUGUUUGUCUUGCAAGACUGAAAAAAAGUUCUAAAAUAAAUACUACUGUAUUUGUUGCCAGAAACUUUGCUAAAAGCUACAGCUUGUUACGGCAGGUGUCCUUAUAAUGUGCUUACCUAAGUAUUGGUGAUGUGUAGUUCCCAGCAAUAGUUUUUCACAUCUCCCAUUUAUUUCCAUGGAACCUGCAAGUGGGGCUUUGCAGCAAGAGCUUGUUAAUUCCAGAUUUUUUGUCGCACAUGAAAAAUGUCCCAUUAUCUGAGUAAUUAAUUUUCAAACGUGCAAAGAAAAUUGUGAUUAAUGCCGCAGCAUAUUUUACAGAAUAAUUCUUUCAAGCUCUUUCUGUAGUUUCCUCAAAAUUGGUACGCAAGCGCUUUUCCUCAGCUAGCACAGAAAUUAUCUGAAAAUUUGGCACGAAAUAUCUCCGGAAUAACAAGGACUGUGCAGCUUCUGUAAUUGUGACAGCGAUGGCAGUCUGACAAGUGCAUCAUCUUCAACCCCGGUCACACGGGGAACUUUCGAUUGCGAUUGAAUUUCUGAACAGUAAUGGGCCCCCUUCACAGCUUGCGCAAUGUACCCAAUCAAGAUCGAGUAAGUCAAGCUCGAUUGGGCUAAAUCACAAUGAAAAGUGCUCCAACUGUCACUUGUAUUAAUGUACCCACUGGCUACGGCUCUUGACUACGGCUGGCUGUGUUGUGGUCCCUUGUGGUGUCCAUAUGGAAGCUCGACAUCUAACUUGUCGGAAUUGGAGAGCAUUUGCUGCCGUAAAUAAUGCAGUGAAAUUAAUGUAUAGCAAGCCAGCAAAAUAGCUGCAAGUUUUACUUAGUUCACAAUUCUAAAUGUAAGUUACGUGAAGUUUUAUACCAUUAGAACGCCUAACUUUGUGUACCCCCAAAGUUACUCACUUAUGAAGAAAGGCAUUGACUGUAUGGAGGGUGUCCCAAAGUUGUGAAAUAGUGUUUUCUGACCAGCAUACAUGCAGCCACAUACAUUGCACCAGCAUGUUGAUGCAAAAAUGUUUUUUUAAGGUGCUGUUGGCGUAGCAUGUCUUCGUGUACAGAUGUGGUGUUUGGAAUCCACGUAAUGGCCAUGCCAUGGUGCAAGGAGGUUUCCUUUUUUUUUUUCUCUUUUUUUUCAUUCUCUUUUUUUGCUUUCUUUUUUUCCUUAGUCCUGUACAAGCGAGCCAUAUGUAGCCUAUUGGUGCUACAUGGAGUUCGAUCUAACGGUUGUGGAUGCAACCUUUGUCCUAUGCAACCGAAUAUAUUGCCAUCUUGCAGCUUCACAGUGUUGUGAAAUUCAGUAUAUUCAAAUCUGACUCUGCGGGCAUCGGAUGGAAAAGUGGACUCCUCGUUUGGAAGGCUUUGACUUACGAGCUUUCAGCAUAUUGUGAAAGUUUAUUGCUCUGCAUUACUUUAAAAAAAAUUUAAUACAAGUGAAAUUGUGUCAACACCCUGCCACAAAAUAGUGUUUCAUUCAUGUGUCAUAGUUUUAAACAUUCCUUUCUCUGCUCAUGUCAUUCAUACUGUGCCUGCACUAGUAAACAAGUUCUGCUUGUUCAAUAACAUUUGUUCCGCAAAUGUUUUUCAUUACUGCAUGUGACAAUAAAGAUAAAAGACUG